AAAUCAGACUAGUAGAUAUUUUUACCAUUAGAGACAAUUCAGAAAGGGUGGAAAUACGUCGGCUUGCGUAAGUUGGCAACCGUUGAGAUUUUUAUUGUUUGUAAAGCAUCAUAAAAAAGUUCGACUGCUACACUUAAACUCCGAUAAAUAACUUUUUAUGAAAACGACAAUUGUGUAAAUUAAGAAUUUAGCUUCUUUUAAAAAAUACAAUAUAUUUACUUUAUUAAAAUUACCGUAUGAUAAAAAAAACUAACAGCCGAUUAACAACGGUUUUAAUAUUUCUGAUACGAUUUUAAAGUUUUAUAUAAGCCUGCGUCUAGAAACUUACAGCCGUAACAAAUUAUUAAAUGUAAAUGCAUAAUGAGUCUUGAUUUUUUUGGAGAAUUUGCAAGUGACUACGAAAAUGCAUUACUACAAACUGGAUUUGGAAAGUUUCAAAUAUUAUUACUUCUAAUAUGUGGCUUAAUUUAUAUGAAUACAGCCAUAGGAGUAACCAUUAUAUCGUUUGUUUUGCCGUCAGCCACAUGUGACUUUGCAAUGACAUCAACGCAUAAAGGUUGGCUGUCUGCGUCGCCAAUGCUUGGAAUGUUAAUUGGAUCAUACUUUUGGGGUUUCCUCGCCGAUACAAGAGGACGGCGAAUGGUCUUAAUUACAACAUUAUUGGCUGACGGAAUUUGUGGAGUUCUGUCAUCGUUUGCUCCGGUUUAUAUCGUUUUCGUAUUAAUUCGGAUUGUAAAUGGAUUCAAUGUUGCCGGUACAAUGGGAAUUGUAUUUCCGUAUUUGGGCGAAUUUCAAACAACACAGCACAGAGAAAAGGUUUUAUGCUGGAUGGAGCUUUUCUGGACGCUUGGUAUAAUAAUUUUGCCAGGUAUUGCAUGGUGCCUAAUUCCAUUAAAAAUUCAUAUCGGAUCAGGACUAUUUAUUUAUCACAGCUGGAACCUUUUUGUGGCGCUCUGUGGAAUUCCCAGUAUUCUUCUUGGAUUAUGGUUACUUACAUUUCCGGAAAGCCCCAAGUUUCUGCUAGAGCAUGGUGAAGUAGAGAAAGCCAUUGAUGUUCUUUCACAUAUCUAUGCAAAGAAUUCAGGAAAUAAAUGCCACGAGUAUCCAUGCACUAACCUAAGAAUACCAGAUCGAUAUUAUCAGAAAAUAGGAAUGAAAAGCAUUGCCAAUCUCAGAUUUCGAAAGUCUGAUGAACUAAAGGUAUUAUUAUUGGAGGUAUGGGCACAAACCACAAUCUUGUUUAAACAACCAUAUAUAAGGGUUUCACUCUUAACUUGUGGUAUUCAAUUUUGCCUAACAACCAGCUACUACACGCUAAUGGUUUGGUUCCCAGAAAUAUUUCAAAGGUUUACCGAAUAUGAGAAAGCAUUUCCCGGUACACCAGCUUCCAUUUGUGACGUUUCCUCUAUUGUCCCGUCGAAUUCUUCACUACCAGCGGCCCGACACUAGACAAAGCAGAAAAAGAGAGGUCGACGAGAUCCACCAUUUUGAAGCCGC